UGCAGAACUGGCAUGGACUGAAACUAUUAAGCUCAGUGGAAGAGUACUGAGUCAACCACUGUGUGGACUGAUCCUGUGUGGACUGAUCCUGAGGUGUAUAUGUAUGCAGCCAUGGCCAUGAGUCUUGGUGGUGCAGUACUGUUGAUGCUGAUAGCUACUGGAGCAAUGGUCUCUGGACAGCAAAUUUGGUUCACCCUGGGAUCAACCACCAUCACUACUAACAAUACUGAGAUCCCCAUCACUACCAUUGGAGAGGAUGCUGAUAGUAGUCUCCCUUCUCUCUUCUGUCGUACUGACGGUGUCUGCUGUAGAAGUGGCAUAGAGAACGGUGGUAAUGGACCACUGGGACAGUGGACGUUUCCUGAUGGGAGGGUGAUACUGGGCAAUGGUGCCUCAACGAUGGCUGGAGAUGAGUUCUACAUUAACAGGAAUGGCCCUCAGCUCAUCAGACUAGGCCGUAGAGAGAAUGUCAACCCCCUCACUCCAACCGGGUCCUACUGUUGUACUGUACCAACCAGUGGAGGAGAGAUGACCCUCUGUGCUAACCUGGUUCUGUGCCCCUCCCUCACACCACUGAUGGAUGGAGUGAUCUCCUACUCUGACCCAACACUGGGUAGGGACACUGUGGCCACUCACACCUGUGAGGCUGGGUCUGCCCUCACUACUGACCUCAGUACCAGGACCUGUGGAGUGACUAGUAAUGUGGGUGUCUGGUCCGGGUCACCUCUGGUGUGUGCAGGGAGUGCCUGUCCAGACCUCACUGAUCUACAGAAUGGAGUGAUCAGCUACAACACUGUAUCAGCUAAUAGCUACAGACGAGUUACUACUGUGGCCACCUACUCUUGUGACACUGGCUUUGAACUAACUGGUACCUCAAUGAGGACGUGUAAUGCUGGUGUUUGGGAUGGCAGUGAACCAACUUGUACAACCACCCUCGCCACCUGCUCUGACUUGACUGCUCCAACCAAUGGAAUGAUAGCCUAUGAUAUGGAGAGCAUGAACGCUAGACCAUUGAACACUGUGGCCACCUACACCUGUAUCACUGGAUACAUGGUGACUGGUGAUAUGACUAGGACUUGUGAGGGUGGUGGAGUGUGGAGUGGGACUGAUCCAACUUGUGAAUUACCGGCUUGUCCAGACCUCACCCUCCCAGCCAAUGGAGGGAUCACUUACAACCCAACCACCACCCCCAGAGCUGAUGGCUCCACGGCUACCUACACCUGUACCACUGGCUACCAGAUGACUGGACUGAUGGUGAGGAUGUGUAGUGUCAGUGGAUGGAGCACUGGAGAUGACCCUGUCUGUACUGCCAUCUGUCCUGCCCUCAUCCUCUCCAAUGGAAUGAUCAGCUUCGAUCCAGCUACCUCCAUCAUACUAGAGGGAACAGUGGCUACACACAGCUGUGACACUGGGUACCAACUGUCCUCAUCCCCAUCUACUAGGACCUGUCAGUCUGACACAACAUGGAGUGGAGAUGACAUCACUUGUCAACUUGUUGACUGUGGUUCCCUGGACGACCCCACCAAUGGAGCAGUGGACACAUUCUCUGGAACCACCUUCAUGAUGACUGCUACCUACACCUGUAACACUGGGUACAAUAUUGUUGGUGAUAUGACUAGAACAUGUCAGGACGCUAUGUUGUGGAGUGGAGCUGCACCAACUUGUGAUACCCCGUGUCCUCGUGAGCUCCUCUCCAAUGGAAUGGUGGCCUACUCCACUUCUACUGACCCUCCACCAAUUGGAGCAAUGGCCACUUACUUUUGUGACACUGGCUAUGAACUGAGUGGUGCUAGUACGAGGAAUUGUGUGGCUGUCAGUGGAUGGAGUACAUCUCUACCUGUUUGCAAUCUUCUAUGCCUUGAUCUCACCAUCAACAACGGAGGCAUAGUCUACAAUAUUGGAUCACCUGACAACAGACCAGUGAAUACUACUGCUACUCACGCUUGUGACGCUAGCCUCAGCCUGGUUGGAGAGGCUGUGAGGACGUGUGGAAGUACUGGAGAGUGGAGUGGGUCACCUCCAAUCUGUGUUGUGGCUUGCAUGGACCUGGUUGAACCAGUCACUGGAAGUGUUGUGUAUGAUAUGGGGUCCAAAGAUAGCAGACCAGUGGGUACCAUGGCAACGUACACUUGUUCCACUGGCUACAUGGUGGUUGGUAAUAUGACCUGUCAAAUUGAUAGAACCUGGAGUGACAGUGCCACUUGUGAAUUGGUUUGUCCGGACCUUGCUAAGCCAGACAAUGGCAAUAUAGUGUACAGUGACACCAUUCCCAGAGGUGUUGACUCAAUGGCUACCUACUCCUGCACUACUGCUGGCUAUCAGCUGGUGGGGAUAACAGAGAGGAUGUGUACUGCCAGUGGAUGGAGCACUGGGACUGAUCCAACCUGCAUAGCACUGAUGGUGGACUCUCUGGCAGUUCUUGGAACACCAUCUCCAGGACUGAGCUAUUCUCUCACUUGUACUGUCACUGUGAUGGGAUCAUCUGCCACGCCCACCUUCCAAUGGUCCCAGGAUGGGAGUGUGAUCACUGUGGGGGGUACUAGGAACAUUGUGGGGGGUGAAGAGACCACCUCCCCCUACACCAACACUCUCACCUUCAGUCCAAUACAACAAUCACACCAGGGGGCCUACAUAUGUCAGGUUACCGUGGAUACAGUCACUGCUAGCAGCCCCUCCACUGAUGUCACUGUGGGAGUACCCACUCUAAUGGCCACCCUAACACUGGCCCCCUCUCCAAUGGCUGGUCAGAGCUACUCCCUCGCAUGUACCCUGACUAGAGGGGAUUCUCUGAAUCCAACCAUCACCUACCAGUUCACUCAAGACAAUCCCGGACAGACUAGGAUUAGAGCAACACAAGCCAAUCCCAUACUGACCUUUGAGACCCUGGUAUUGUCUGACAGUGGACAGUACAGCUGCCAGGCAACCGUCACCUCCCCCCAUCUCAACACUCCCCAGGAAGUGGAUAGUGGAUCACAAAGCCUCACCAUUCAGAUUCUCACUCCGAGUGUCUCUAUUCUGGAUCCUGGUAAUCUGUUUGCCACCACCUCCCCCACUCUUGUGUGUAGUGUGAGUGUGGACUCAUCAGUGGUGGAUGUGCCAGUGACUGCCAGUGUGGAGUGGGAUGGCCCCAGAGGAAUAGGGUUCUUCUCAGUCAGUGGACCUCUAUCAGGAGGAUCUACCACUCUCUCUGUUCCCCUCACCAAUACUGUGACAGGAGACAGUGGUGACUACAUAUGCAGAGCUAGUGUGAGUACAACAACGGCCUACCCUCAAGUAAGCCCCAGUAGUGAGGGAUCUGACAGCAGGAGCAUCACUGUCUAUGGUGUCCCCUCUGCCCCCAGUGUGACUGUGACUGGUAGUACCACCACCACCCUCACCUUCUCAUGGACACAACCACCAAAUGAACUGGUUACUAGAUACACCCUCGACCUCGACUAUCGUGGAGACUGCCCUGAGCAUAUCUCUAUCAUUUCUCAAGAAAGGCUCAAUGGAGAUGUACCAACAUUUACUUUUGGUAGUAUAUUUCGACUACAAGAGUUCAGUGACUACCAGUUGACCAUCACUGGGACCAAUGGAGCUGGUACCAGUUCACCUGUGUUGGAGACAGCUACUACUUUACCAGCUGCUCCUAAUGCCCCUGUACAGAACUUGAGACUCAACACCUCUAGAUCUAGUCCGAUCUCCAUCACCAUCCAAUGGGAUAGAGUGCCUUGUAUUAGCAAGAACAGUGACAUCACUGGCUACAGUGUUGUCUAUACUCCUCCUAAUACUGUCAAUACUGUCUCUGGAACUGACAGAAGAGAGUUCACAUUCUCUGUCUUCCCAAGAACUGAUUAUACGAUAAGAGUUAUCCCCAACAGUGGCAGUGGAUCUGGACCCAGCAGUCAAACCAUCACUCAUACAACUGACCCUGUGACUGAUGUGAGUUUCCUUGUUAAUGGAGAGCUCUUACCUGACAACUCUGUCAUCAGACCAGACCAGUUUGGAGAGGACCUGACAGCUCUUCAUUGCCUCACCCCUUAUGAAGAUUGCUGUAGACUGUCCGACACUGUGGGUCCAAUGGGGGCAGGGCGAUGGUUGAGUCCUACUGGGGACAAUGUUGUCUCCUCAGAGUCAACUUCCAUGCUCUACAUGUCACGCAACCCCAGUCGUGUGUCACUCAAUAGAGACAGUUCUUUAACACCAGCUGCUGGGAUCUACCGCUGUCUGAUUCCAGUGUCAGAGAGCUCUGAUCAGACCAUCCACAUCGGACUCUACCCUGAGGGACAAGGUGCUCCCACUAUACCUGAUGAGCUGGUGUUUAGUAGAGGCUCUCUCACUCUGACGUGUGUGUCUAAUGGUGGUCCAGCUAGUGAGGUGGUGUGGACCAGGGAUGGAGUUACUGUCUCUACUGGAUACACUCUCACACAAACUGUCACCAACACAGCCACUGCUACCUAUGAGAAUGUCCUGACUGCUACUACCAUCGCUGAUCUGGUGGGUAACUUCACCUGUACGGUCAACAACAGCAGAGGAACCUCCAACACUGGGACUAUACGGAUAGGUGGUGUUCGUAUCAUAGACCCCCCACAGCUGACGGUGGGUCAGUCUGCCACCCUCACUUGUGAGAGUGAUGUGCCUGGCACUAUAGAAUGGCUGGACUCUGACAUGAGUGUACUAGCCACUGGAACAGGAUCAGAGCUAGACUACACUAUAGACACUGUCAGUGAUGGCAUGCAUGGAUCCACUCUUAUCUGUAGAGCCCCUGGGGGGUCAGAGGUCAUCAAUUUUAUUGUAAUAGUGCCUCCUGACAUUCUUGACUUCACCAUCACUCCUGUUGGUUCCCCCACUGCUGGCUCUGAGUACUCGUUGCUUUGUGAGGUCUCUCUGAGUAUCAGUGGACUAGUCAACACACCCACUGCAGUGUGGACAGCUACUGAUAAUGACUUCACUGUCAUCUCCUCUGGUGAUGCCUCCACUCUGACCUUCUCUCCUCUGAGGACCAGUCAUGGUAGAGCUGGCUACACUUGUGUUGGUCAGUUAGUGUCUCCUGCACUUGAUCAGGUGAUGGAGGAUCAGACACAACGUGCUGUCAUGGUGACAAUCCCCACCCCUGGAGUCUCGUUGACCACACCCACUUCCUUGACUGCCGGCACACCCUCUUCUCUCACCUGUACCAUCACUGUAGAUACAGCUGUGGACUUGAACGUUGUAGUGGAUAUUGUGUGGGAGAUCUCCACUGACAGUGAUCCCAUCACCACUGCCACUGGUAAUGUACCAACCUUCACCAACACUCUCACCAUCCCUAUACUGAGCACUCGCUACACUUGGGUCACUUGUAGGGCUACUGUGAGAAGAUCAUUUGCUGAUCCCUUUGUGUUGUCCAGCUCUCAAGAAUCAGCUUCUGUAGUCUUCACAGUAGAGGUCCCCCCACCCCCUGUGGUGAUGAUCAGUGUGUCUGGUGACUCUGUGGCAGGCUCCUACCUCUCUCUCCUCUGUACUGCCACGCCCCCUAUCCCACUAGUGACUCCGCCUACUAUCUCAUGGAUACAACAAGACCUAGCUGAUACCGUUAUUCCAGACACCUCUGACCCCUCAGCUAGCGUUAGACUGACCUUUAACCCCCUGAGGACCAGUCGUGGUGGUGUGUACGUGUGUGUAGCAGGUUACAAUAUUCCUGCAGCGAACAUAGCAUCCAGUGUACAGAGCAGUGACUCCACCACCAUCAAUGUGCAAAUCCCAAGGCCUGAUGCCAGGUUCACCUUUGACCCCAUGAUGGAUUGCUACACUGUUGGCCUGUUUCUGACCCUGGGUUGUGAGGUCACUCUAUCAUCAGCUGUUGAUACUGUGGUGAAUCUUGACCCCAUCUGGCGGAGGGAGGGGGUCGUACUGACCACUGGAGACCAACUCACUGUGGGGGACUUCCCUAUGACUAGCGAUGACCAGGUGUACACUAGUUUGUUGGAGUUCCAACCAUUGACAAGAGAUUUUAUUGGCAAUGACACCUUGUAUGAGUGUGAGGCCAGUGUAGUGCCUCAGAGUGAUACCUUCAUCACUGGAACCACCACCAACACAUCCACCACACUCACUGUGGGAGCGGCUAAUUUUGCUGCCUCGAUCAGCUCUAACUCCACAGUGCUAGCUGGCUCUGAGCACACUCUAAUGUGUCAAGGAGUGAGAGGAGAUGACCAGGCUGAUGGUACCACACUGGAGGUGGAGUGGUUCAAUCCUGAUGGUGUACUCAUAACUGGAGAGACUAGUGAUGUCAUGAUAACAGGAGUCACUGACAUCACUACUGACCCUACCCUCAUCAGCUUUCUGAUCUUCCCCAGUCUCCAGACAUCUCAAGCUGGUCCCUACACGUGUAGAGUCAACCAUACUAUACCUGACACCACCAUCACUGAUCAGAGCAUCCUGAGCUCAUCAGUGGUCACUGUGCAGAUCAAUACCCCUCAAGUGAUGAUCAGUGCUAGUCGGUCUGCCACACUGUAUGAGGGAACUACUGGUCAGGUCCUACGCUGUAUGGUUACCCCUGACAACGCUGGAGUGGACACAACCACUAGUGUGACACGAGAUAUAACUGGAGGUGUUGACAGAGACACGACUAGUGACACUGUCAGUGAUGGUGUGAUUAUUGUGGAGGAGGCCAUUCAAGUGCUGAGUCUCGGUGACACUGGGACCUACACAUGCUCUGCUACUGUGAACUCUGAACCCAACAAUAUGUACAUUAUGUCAGCCACCAAUACAGACACUCUGAGCAUAACUGUGGAGGUCCUCCCAGUCCCUGUUGUGGAGAUAUCACCCAGUAGUCCCCUACCAGUGCUGGCUGGGUCCUCCCUCAACCUCACCUGCUCAGUCUCAGUGGAGGACCUUCUCUCUGUGGAGCCACUCAUACAGUGGACACUGUCUGACCAGUCACUAUCUGGGAUACUCAAUGGCCGCACCAACACACUGACCUUUGACCCCCUCUUCACAACCAACGCCACUCAGUACACAUGUACUGCCACUAUCAACAUACCUGCAGUGGACAUCACUAGUACUGGCAGCAACUCUACUAACCUCACAGUGGACAUCUCCCCUCCCACUGUGAGUGUGUCCUCACCCACCCCAGUCUACCAUGGCACUAGCCACACCCUCUCCUGUAACGCUGGCUAUGACACUAGUGUAGUGACGACUGCUGUGACUCUGGACUACUCCUGGACUGGACCCAACCUCAUAGCCUCCAGUGAUAGUGCUGCUCUCACACUCUCACCAGUGGACCUACCAGCACAGAGCAGCGGAGACUACACUUGCACUGUCAGCGUUAUCCCAGCAGUCUCAACAUUCAUCAACCCUGCCACAGACUCUGAUACUUACAACCUCACUGUACUAGCUGCUCCCCCUCCUGAUGUGUUGACUGGUGUGCCUGUGAGGGUGGGCCGUUGUGGACAAGUGUCCUCCAUCACCUGUACUGCAUCUGUCAUUGAUAACUUUGUAGCCACACCCACCUUCAUGUGGAGGGGGCCGGGUGGAGACAUUGUGGACUCUGACAACAUUCUCAACUCUCCCUCUGUGAUGACUGGAGGAGAGUACACUUGUAUGGCUUGUGUGAAUGUACCACAAGUCAAUAUCACCAAUCUCUGUACCAACUCAACCAUCACCAUACAGGACACCACCCCCCAGCCAGUGAGUGAUGUGGUGUGUUCCUCCCUCUCUCCCUCCACUCUGAGUGUGAGCUGGUCCCCUCCAACUGACCCUGUCCUCAGUUAUCAGGUGGAGGUCAAACAGUACAGUCUAGAGGGUAGUACAGUGGACACAGUCAGUCUCUCUACUCCAUUUGACAGUGAGAACGUUAUCACCACGAUCACUGUGGAUGGUCUAGUUCCCUCUACACGGUACCUGGUCAGUGUUGAGGCAGUGAGUGGUGUCGGCUGUAGUGAGGUCACUGAGAUAGACUGCUACACUGAGCAAACACAGCCCCCAGUAGUUACCGGGGUAACUGUGGACAGACUCAACGGGACUGCCAUGAAUGUCAGCUGGACUCCACUCAACAAAGCUCAGUCCAAUGGCUUCAUUCAGAGUUACAUAGUGACAUACUCUGUUGUCACAGCAACACCCAAUCGUAAGAGACAAGGCUCUCAACAAGUGACAGUAUCCAGUGACAAGAGUGGUACUAUCAUUGGAGGACUGGACCCGGGGUCAGAGUACAGUGUCGGUGUAGGCGCUAGUGGAGCAGGGGGAACUUCACAAUCCUCUCCUCUGAUGGUGUCUCCCACCAUCUCCCCCAUACGCUCUGUGUUGUUCCAGCUCAGACUCACCAACAUCAGAAACUGUCUUGACUGGGUGGACCAAGACGGGAGGAUAGAUGCUGUGAGGAGUAUGUUUGCUGCCGAGGUGGAGAGUCACUGUGGGUGUGGUUUCUCAAGCAUGGUCAUAACUUCCCCCCGCUUCCGCUGCUUCCCUGAGUCCAGCACAGCUGUCACAUUCCGAGCCACUCUAACCGAUUCCAGACUCCUCACUCCCAUACAGGACUGGAUACAAACCAAUGGAUUCAUUUCCAUACAGAGCGUACUAAUUGAAGUGGACAAGACUUGUCAGGUGGAGAUAUCGAGCCUUGCAGACACCGAGUGUAACACUAUACCUGUGGGUAGUGAGUCAUCAGCUGCAGUGAUUGGUGGAGUGGUGGGAGGAGUGGUCAUUGUCCUUAUCGUUGCUGUUACCAUUACAGUCAUAGUGAUUGCCGUGCUGGUGUUCAAGAGUAGGAGAGAGAAACUGAUCGUCCAUAGAACAACAAAACGUGCUCUACCCCCCGUGUCCCUACAGGGUGUGGUCAGUACGGGUGAGAUAAAACCUUACGAGAUGAUAGAAAUGGGUGAUCAUGAAUAUGAGGAAGUAUCCAAGUUCCAGAAACCGAGUGGAGGGGAGUAUGAGAUGGUGGGAGGCCCAUCAGCUGGCUACCAGAACAGGGCUGCUAUAAUGGCCACCAAACAAACAUCACCACCCCCUCCACCCCCUCCACAACCCUCACAACAGGAGACAGUGGAUGCCGGGGGUGACUUUGAGGUCACUGAGUGCAUUGCCUACAGCACGACCACCCAUGGCCCCCCUCCCCCCAACACGACCAGUGGAGACCCACUAUAUGCUAACUGACACUAAUGGACUUUGUCACUAACUCAUUCAUACACUCUCAACAUGAUUGUAGAAUUUUUCAGUUUUUUGCAGAUACAAAUUUUCUUUUAGUUUAUAGAUAGCAUUUGCAUAGCCUGUCAUUUUGUACAUGUAGUCAUUAAGUUAUGAUCACAUAGCAAAAACUAAAAUAAACCA